AUGAACUACGGCGAAGUACCGCCAUGCUGGCAUACUAGAAUUCUGCUGGCAAGGGUGACGGACAACAGCUGGGUGAUAUUGACACCAGAUUACGACAUAUAUGCUGAGGAACUUAGCAUCCACAACCCGGACCUUAUCGAUUUCGAAUACCUGGGGUCAAAUGCCAAUCCUCCUGCUAGAAUUCCGCUGGCACAGGUCUAUGGGUUCCAGCCAAUGGAUCCGGCUGCACUGGCGAAUUUCAUGAGGCAAGGUAGCAUUGAGGCAAACGCCAUUCGGGCUUUGAGAGGUAUCCCGAAUGGCCCUGUGGUUCCAGUACCUCCCGCACCAGCUGCUCCGGUCGCCCCUCCUCCAUCAGGUGUCUUGGCUCCUCAACCUCCAGCAGCGGUGGCUGCACCGGCGGCUCCCGCUGGGGCUGCGGCGGCAGUUGCUGGAGGGAAGUGCUGGGUUUGUGUGGAGGAUGCGGGUGGUCGAAAAAAGGGGGACAUUGUGGUCCAUGAUCCUGGGGCAUUACCGGCGGGCAGUUCGCAGCUGGGUGACAAAGCGUUGGUUCCGGCGUUGGAUGGAUCAGGGUCGGCAUGCUAUGUCAAACAUGUUCCAGUGUCAGAGGCCCCGAAUUACCGCCUUGAUGAUUUGAGGAUUCUUCCAGUCCAUUUUGAUGCACAAGGGAUCCGUCGCAGGGAGUUCUCACAGGCCGUGUCCAUGAUGGUGGACGGUGUGCCAUUGGGUGGUGGCCUGCAAUUGGAAGGGCCUACCAGUGGGCUUAAUGUUUUGAAAUCUUUGAGGGAUCAAAGCAUGACGCCAACUUCCUUCCAUGAAUUCUGGUUGAGAUCAGCUGACAUUCCUAAAGGGGAUCGCAGUACCUAUGAGCAUGAAUGCUUGUCCAGAAUCCUUGAAAGCCUUGUGACUAUUGACCAGUUGAACAUCGUGGCCCUACAGGGGGCUGAGUUGAUUUGCAGGAGGCUGCAGGUCAUUCGGGAGGCUCACAGGGUGUCUCCGACCAGUCCUGAUUAUACGGCUGCUGAUUACUAUAUGGGUUGGAAAUAUCGUAGAGGGGCCCAUGGUGUUGACAGUGACCUCACUCAAUACGUUGCUGGAGAGAUGCGAAACGAUGCCGCAGUGAUGAAAGAGGCCAGGAAGGCGAAGGAGGAAGCCCAGUUGCGCCGCCAGAACCCAAAGAAAGGGGGAGGCGGUCUCUCGGUCUCUUCUCGAAGGAGGAGGGCUCGGGUGCGUGACAAGGUGCGGAAGAUCAAUUCAAUUGUUGACAGCCUCAAUGAGAUGUAUGUGCCCGAUCAGGUGCAUGUUGAUUUGGACGUCACUGAGGAGCUUCUGCGUACCACGGUCAGCUAUGAGCAGGCUGACUGCAUGAACACGGUUAGACCUUACGACCGAGACCUUGUAUCCCUUCCUGAAGUUGGGGCGGCACCAGUUGCUUUGGCUCAGGUUUUGGAUGCUACUGGCCGAGAAUUUGUCGAAGAUCCUGCCACUUUUAUGUUGCUGGAUGAUGAGGAUUUGUAUGACAAGGGGAUGCUGUCUUUCACGCACAGACCUCAGGAAAUAGUGUCCAUCCCCGAGGACAGCACUCUUUAUUUGGACUGGGGGAAGCCAGAACUUUGUGGUCUGGUUGGUGAUGCUGAAGGCUGGGUGUUUCCUAUGUUGCAAGUUGUUCCAAUGGGCUGGUCAUGGGCGAUGUGGCUGUCUCAGCGAGUUCAUCAACACUUGUGCUUGGAGGCGUCUGGUUUGGAUGUGAGUAGAAUAGUGGUUGAAGGCAGGGCUGCACCAGAUUUGUCCGAUGGGGAAGUCAUACUGAUCCCUUAUGCCGAUAAUCUCAACGUGGCAGGUCUUGAUCCUCUUCGAGUUCAAGAGAUUAAGAAUGUCAUCGUUGAGAAACUCAGGCGGACGGGUUUUAGAGUGCAUGAAGAACUUGAGGCAUGCGAGGUUGGACAGAGUUUGGAUUUCCGAAUUGAUGGAAGGCAUGGAGUGGUGUCUCCGAUUCCUGAACGACUUCAACGCGUCAAGCUGGCUCUGAAGUGGCUGUCCAGGCAGCCAAGGGUUAGGGGGCGUGAAGUUGAACGGUUGUUGGGACAUUGUAUUCAUUUCAUGUUGCUCCGCAGAGAGUUUCUCAGCAUUUUUCGGGGGCUCUACGACUUUAUUCAGCAGUCCUAUGAUCGUCGGCAGGUUCUUUUUGCAGCAGCGGCAAAAGAGGCCAGAUGGGCUUCCCACCUUUUAGACCUUUGCACAUGUGAUUUGAAACGAUCGUGGAGCACUGUCGUCACAGCAUCGGAUGCAUCACUGUCAGGCAUUGCAGUUUGCAGAUCAGUGAUGUCUCCGGAGAGCGUGGGGCGAAUUGGAUCCCAGCGUGAGCCGUGGCGAUACAGGUAUAAAAACAGGCCAGCUCCUCGGGCGCACGCCCUGGAUGCAGAAGCUGUGGACAGGUUGGAUCCUUUUUCAGAUACACGUACUGUUUUGCCUAGCUCUGUUUAUCGUGAAGAUCCUUUUGAAUUAAAUGAGGAGUUUCAAGAGGUGCCCAUGGAUCUUUUGGAUGUGGAAAAGUGGCAUGAGGCUUUUGCAGUUCACAUGAGACAUCCUGAACAUAUCACUUUGCUUGAGGGUCGUGGGGUUGUGGCGUCUUUCAGACAUAAAUUCAGAUCAGUCAGUGAGUUUGGCAAGAAGCAUCUACAUUUGAAUGACAACAUGGCGGUCGUUUUGAUGUGCUCAAAGGGUCGUUCCGGCUCAAAAAGAUCUAUGAGAGAUGCUACCCUGGCCGGUCCCAAGAAUCAGGAGUUGAGGAUUUUAGAACAGGUCAGGCCAGUUGGGCGAGUCCGAAAUUCCAAGCUGAAACACGUGGCGUUGAAGAGCCCAAAGGAGAAGGCCGAGAGGCGGGCGCUACAAGUUCAGCAGAGGACAGACCCAGUCAGGUUUGUGGGUCAGACCAACCUGGAGAGAUUAGCAGUAUCACUUCCAGUUGCCCAGGACUAUGCCAGAAGGAUAGCAGAUUUCCGAAAUUUUGUCAAGAUACAAAAACUCAAGUUGAAACCAAUCAUGAAGUUCGACGAGGCUUGUUGCUUGUUUCUAAACAGUAUGUUCGACCAGGGUCUGGACCUUCACGAAGGCACAAAGCUUUGGGCUGCAGUUAUGGACGCGUUCCCAGAUUAUGGCCACAAGAAUGCCCUGCCCAGGUCAAAACGUGCCCUCCAAGGAUGGCAAAAGGCGGAUCCGCCUCGCACGAGGCCUCCAAUUCCUUGGCUGCUGGUGGCGGCCAUGGUCAUGAAGAUGGUGUCCGCUCGACAGCAGAAUGCUGCACUGGCAGUCUUGACGAUGGAUGUUCACGGCUUACUUGCGGCCCAGCGAGUGUCUGAAUCUUCAAAAAAGUCAAGCAGAGGGGCCGGUGGGCAUCAGAUUCAUCGACCAGACGAUACGAGGCACACGGCAGGGUGA